UACUUAAAAUAUUAAAUUGGAGAGCAUAAAACGGCAACAUACUCGUGCCUUUUCUAAGGCAUUUUUAGUAGUAGAAUAUUUAGGAAACCCUAACGAACUGCCUGGGCUUUUGCCCUGAGUCUUCCUUAUUCUAUUGCAUUCUUAAUGUAAUUUCUGUAAUUCUAUAAGCUUUCGCCUGCGUAUGUAUGAGUGAAAAUGAUAGGAUUUGUUACUUGGAGGGAAGUGUUUCGUAAGUUAUUAUGGCCUCUACUAAACCACGGAAGCAGCCAACUGCAAUAUCACGGAUGAGACAGGAUUACAUGCGAUUAAAGCGCGAUCCUUUACCUUAUAUAACUGCCGAACCGUUACCAAACAAUAUCCUGGAAUGGCAUUACGUUGUAAAAGGUCCAGUUAACACCCCUUACUACGGUGGAUACUACCAUGGAACAUUACUUUUUCCAAGAGAAUUUCCAUUUAAACCACCAUCAAUUUAUAUGUUGACGCCGAACGGACGAUUUAAGACUAACACCCGCCUCUGCCUUAGCAUAUCAGAUUUCCAUCCCGAUACAUGGAAUCCAACGUGGUGUGUCGGCACCAUAUUGACGGGGUUACUCAGUUUUAUGCUGGAAUCAACACCAACUUUAGGUUCAAUUGAGACAACGACUUAUGAGAAAAAGAGUUAUGCCAGAAAAUCUUUAGAGUACAAUUUAAAGGACCCAAUUUUUCGAGAAUUGUUUCCUGAAGUAUGCGAAGAAAUAAACAAAUUACUAGAAGAUGAAAAACAAAAGCUCGCUCUUUUAAAUGGAGAACUUAAUAGAAAAUCAGUUAACAAUGUAAUACCAGCCACAAAUAAUGAAAAUAGCUCUAACGGAGCACAACUUGUAAAAUCAGACGAAUGCGAGAACAAACGAAAAUCUAUCAUUAAUUGGCCAGGACUAUAUUCAAAUUUGGUGAUUGGAAUCAGUUUUUCGAUUUUUGCUUUGGUAGUGAAUUAUGUAAUCAAAAAUCUGAACCAGGAAUAAAGUUUAGAAAAGCCGUGUUAAAGUUUUCAGUCGCUAAA